AUGACAUCUAACCGAGACGAGGGACCAGUAUACUACAGAGAAAUACAGAAGAAUGCAUUUCUUAAGAGGAUACCAAAUGAUGUCAAUCCAGGAAAACUUAGACCUUUGGGACACAAGAGGCCCGCGCUGAAGCCGAUGUGGACGCUGUUCUGCGUGCACAACGGGCGCACGCCGUUCCUCGAGCAGUACGCGGGGCCGGACGCGUCGGCCGCCCUGGCGCACCGGCCCGCGUGGCGCGCGUGCCUGCGCGGCGCGCGCCACGUCACCGCCAGCGUGAAGCCCCACCCGGGCGACGAGUACGACUUCCUCGUGGACACGGACAGCGGGCCCGUGAGGAUGCUCGCGCCCGACUGGGAAUCGAUGCAGGAGUGGGUGACGACACUCAGGAACAAGCUGCAAGAGCUGAGGAUCCUCGCGAAGGCAGAGAACGUGUACUGCGCCGCCCCAGUGGCGCCCCCUCCCCGCGCCGCCGCCAGGGACCCCACCUCCCCUCUGCCCCCAACACCGCCAGUACCACCAGAUAGGGUGCCCGGCAUCGAACUGGCAACCCCUGCCGUCCGCCCCACGCCGGAAUCCAACGAGCCCGCCCCAGCCGCCGCGCCAGCUCCAUCCGCCCCGACCGCCCAACCCGCCGCUCCGGAACCGAACCCGGAACCAGUCGACAUAUCCGGCUGGGGCGAGCUAGCCGCGCUGCCCAGCACCAGCACCAGCACCACCACCACCACCACCGCCACGGAGCCUCGGAAGGGGCUCACCAGGAUCUGCGGCCAGAACAUAUGCCUGGACGACUCGAUAUUGAAACGCGAAGCAGAGCCUGUCACCGAUGGUGGGUUCGUUGCCGAGGGGGAGGGCGCUGGCGAAGUGGAGGGCUUCACGCAGCGUGUACUCGUCAGCGACGGCGAUGACUCCGUCGGUCUGGAUGUGUCGCAUAGACCGCCGCAGCGCGCCAACGUGACUGUGAUCCAAGUGUGCAACAGGCCGGAGGGGGGUGCUUUCGCAACGGCACCGCGGACUCCGGAUCCCGGGGUGCGGAGCGCGGAGGAUCCCGGGCCGCGGAUCCCGAUCCCGGAUCCCGGGCCGGGCAGCUUCGUGAACAUCGUGCACACGGACAUGGAGCCGGCGGCGGGCCGCUCGGACUACGGCCACCUCAGCCUGACCACCACCGUCAGCCUCACCGGCGAGGCGCCGCCGGGGGAUUCCGUGUACGAGCGCCUCUGCAUGGCGUCCACAUCGGCGGAUCUGGCGGAUCCAGCGGAUCUAGCAGAUCCACCGACAUCCGCGCGGAUCCACGGCGAGAGGCCGCGCAAGUCCUCCCUGCCCAAUUUGGACCCGGAGCCGGCGUACGAGUAUUUGUACCCGAGCUCGAGUCGCGACAGCCCCAAUAGGAGCCGCUCGGAAACCUCGCCGGCGGACGACGGCGCGAUUUCAAGCCCAAUUGCGAGGGCGAUAAGGCCCAAUGUGGAACGCUCGCAGAGCCAGAACGCCUGCGACGGUGCGCCCACACUUAGAGAGAAUCCGACGAGACGCGCACAGAACGGCAGCCCGAAGAGAGAGCCUAGAACAGAGAAGAGCGAACCACCAGCUAAGCCGAUCUGGAGGCGUGGCUUGACGGAGCUCUCGCUGCUGAGCAGGCUCCGUGGCCUCGGCCAGGGGAGGAGGCAGGAGAGCCCCACUCGCCAGGACAACGAAUCUGGAGACAGGGGCGUGACGUCACCGGUGAAGGUGGUCCACAGGUCCAGGCCCCAGGGCAGAGUGGACAGCACCAGGAGAAGGAGCAACUCACUCAGCAACGGUGUAGAUCUCAGCAUUUUUACUGGGCAGUCGCCGCCGCGGCCGCUGGGGGGCGCGAUGGUGCCGCUGCGGGCGCGCCAGGCGGCCACGCUCCGCGCGGAGCAGCGCCGGGGCGCCGCCGUCGCCGCCUCCGUCGCCGUCAGGGACCCGCCGCUCUUCGCGGACUACGAGCGGCAGGUCUGGUGCGUGCACCCCCGGUCUCCGGUCUCCGGUCUCCGGUCUCCGGUCUCCGGUCGUCGAUCGUCGAUCUCCGGUCCCCCGACCGUUCUUGUUCCGCACGCAAGUGCGAUUGCUCUUCCGGUCUCCGGCCUGCUGCCUCCGAUCACCGGUCCUUUGGUAGCUCGUGUUACGUACGCAAGU